AUGAAGCUCUCAGCCCUUAUCGUGGCUGCCUUUGCCCUCCCAGCGGCGCUCGCCAACUCCAUCGAGCACCGCAGCGAGCCAGAGCCGCACGUGAUCGAGGCCCGCCAGCUCGAGGCGCGCACCUUCAUCGCCAGCGGCCGAUGUGACAUGUUCCAGGCCGCCAACUGUUUCGUCGCCGGCAAGAACAUGGACAGCAACUGUAACUGUGUGUCCCCUCCCUUCUUCCAGCUGCCCACUCCCGCCUGUGGUAGCUACACGACCUACCGCGACCCCGUCGUCCUCUCCAAGUGUUGGAGUAACGGCCAGGGCUGUGGCCCCUUCGGUAACUGUAUCGGUACUCCUGUGACUACUCCUCCCACCUCCGGCACGUGUAACAACUGGGUCCAGAUCUCCAUCUGUGAGAUGCUCGGCAAGAAGACGGACGGCAACUGUCAGUGUGUUGGCGGCACCCCGGUCACUCCAGGCAAUGCUGGCUGUGGUGACCCCGCCAUCGUCGGUAACUGUUACAAGCAGAAGUACGGAUGCUCGUCCAAGUGUGUGUGCACGCCCAACCCUGUUACAACUUCCAAGGCCCCCACCACGACUGUUACCCCCGGUGCUUGCCAGAACUGGGUCGCCAUCGCCACCUGCGAACUUCGCGGCCUGAGGACCGACGGCAACUGCAACUGUAUCGGUGGCACCCCCGUCACGCCCGGAAACAACGGCUGUGGUGACCCCAACAUCGUUGGCAACUGCUACAAGCAGGGCUGGGGAUGCUCGUCCAAGUGUGUCUGCACCCCCCUCUCCUCCACGACCCCGGCGCCUACCACCACCUCGGUGAAGCCCACCACCCCCGCGCCGACGACCACCCCCGCCCCCACCACUACGGUCUCUCCUGGUGUCUGCAACGACUGGGUCGCCAUUGCCACCUGUGAGCUCUUUGGCAAGAAGACGGACGGCAACUGCAAGUGCAUCACCGGUACCCCUGUCACCCCAGGAAACGCCGGCUGUGGUGACCCGGCCAUUGUCGGCACCUGCUACAAGAAGGGCUGGGGCUGCUCCUCCAAGUGUGUCUGCACUGGCCCCUCCUCGGCUGUUCCUACCACCACCCCGGCCCCCACGACCACCACCAAGACUGUUGCCCCUACCACCACGACUCCCGCCCCCACUGUUGUCCCCGGCAUCUGCUGGGACUGGUUCAAGAUCGCUUCUUGUGCUCAGAAGGGCCAGAAGGUCGACGGUGCCUGCAACUGUGUCGGCGGUACUCCUGUGACUCCCGGCAACAACGGCUGUGGUGACCCCGCCAUUGUUGGCGAGUGUUGGCGCAAGGGCUGGGGCUGCAGCUCCAAGUGCGUCUGCACUGGCCCCUCGACCACCAUCACCCCCUCGACUACUGUCACUGCCACUCCUACCGCCACGCCCACCCAGGUCGGCCAGUGCAAGGACGCUAUCCUGAUCAAGUGGUGCGCUCUUACCGGCCGUGGUGUCAACCCCGACUGCACCUGCAUCUCGUGUGGCUGCACCGACCAGUGGGCAUGCCACGCCAAGGGCGGCAAGCUCGACUCGAACUGCAAGUGUGUCGUUCCCUCGUCCGCCGUCAAGCGCCGUGACGCCGAGUGGGUCAAGAGCCUCUGCCCCACCACCAUGAAGGCCUGCCGCGUCGACGGCGAGGAGCAGGGCUUCAACGGCCGCUUCGAGUGCAUCGACAUCACCUCCAACAUCGAGUCGUGCGGCGGCUGUAUCGCCGAGGGCCAGGGCCAGGACUGCACGGCCAUCGAGGGUGCCUCGGAUGUCGCCUGCGUCAAGUCCAAGUGUGUCAUCUCGACAUGCCAGCGUGGUUGGGAGCUGUCGGCCGAGGGCCGCUGUGUGCCAUCCACCAACGGCGGCAAGUUCCAGCAAAAGGUCUGGGGUGUCUAA